AUGUGGAAGGCAGCACUCUUGACCCUUGGCUUGUUGGUGGCGCUAGUAAGCAGGGUACAGUCGACUGACGGUCAUCCCUCUUUCUAUGGGGUGAAACUGUGUGGAAGAGAGUUCAUACGAGCUGUCAUCUUUACCUGCGGUGGUUCUCGCUGGAGGAGAAGCAUAGGAGACUCAGAAGCCUUUGACCCAUGGAACACGAAUCCCAUCCCUCAACUUUCCGGUAAGCAGGAUCCUGCAGAGGCCCAAACGUGGAGAGAUCAGACAUUGAAUGAAGAAUCUGUGGCUGCUGGAUUCGGCCGCUCGGCUCGCUCACCAAUCUCAGAGGAGGUGCUGGAGGCUCUACGGAGUACAGACAGGAAAGGACGGGAUGUAGUGGUCGGACUGUCCAAUGCCUGCUGCAAGUGGGGCUGUAGCAAGAGUGAAAUCAGCUCUCUGUGCUGA